ACAAUUAAAUAGAAGUACACUUGAAAGCUUACUGCAAAAUGUUAAACAACAAAAUUUGUCAACUUGAAAAUUAAAUCUAAUAAUUGGAAAAAAUAUUGACAGUUAUGGAUCAAAUGUUCUGUCAUUUACUUCGAUUUGUUUUGAUUUUAGAGGUCACUUGUAGUUCAUAUUUUAAAUUGUUGAAUAAAAAUAGAAAAUAUGUGACUAAUUAAACCAUUAUAAUUUUGCCAUAGAACAAGAUAUAUAAUUGAAUCUCGAUAUAUUCAUUAAAAUAAUGGGCCUUUUAGACAUCACAUUGAUGAACCAGAACAGCACCGAAGAUGUUAAUUUGUACCAGUUUCUCAAAGUUUCAAACUAUGAGGAUACUGUAAGACAGCUAGAUAUUUACUAUGGAAUGGUAAAGAGGCAACUACUACGUUUUCAAAGUCCUAUAACAGGACUAUUUCCUGUACUAUCUUCUGAUACUGAAAUAGGAAGUGUUAGAGACAGUAUAUACUGUGCAGCAGCUGUAUGGGGCUUGUAUCAAGCUUAUAGGAGAAUAGAUGAUGAUAGAGGAAAAUCAUAUGAAUUAGGACAAUCAACUGUGAAAUGUAUGAGAGGUAUUUUAGAGUGUUGGAUAAAGCAAGCACGAAAAAUAGAAUUAUUCAAGAAAAAUCAGUGUAGUGCUCAUGCAUUGCAUGUCAAAUUUCAUUUAACUACUGGUAAUGAAGUUUUUGGAGAUCAUGAAUACAACCAUUUACAGAUUGAUGUUAUAUCACUCUAUCUACUUUUUUUGGUACAAAUGAUAACUUCUGGCUUGCAGAUUAUUUAUACCCAGGAUGAAGUGGCUUUUGUUCAAAACUUGGUGUACUAUGUGGAAAGAGCAUACCGUACUCCAGAUUAUGGUAUGUGGGAAAGAGGUAGUAAAUACAAUGAUGGAACUCCGGAAAUACAUGCCAGUUCUAUUGGGCUUGCAAAAUCUGCACUUGAAGCAAUAAAUGGUUGUAACUUAUUUGGAGAAAAAGGCGCUUCUUGGAGUGUAGUAUAUGUAGAUAUUGAUGCUCACAAUAGAAAUAGAAGUAUUUUUGAAACCUUGCUACCUAGAGAAUCUUGUUCAAAGGAUGUUGAUGCUUCGCUUUUACCUACAAUUUCAUUUCCUGCAUUUUCAACGCACGAAGAGAUGUUAUAUCAGGAAACGAAAAAAAAUGUUGUGCGUAGUUUGAAAGGCAAAUAUGGUUUUAAAAGAUACAUAAGGGAUGGUUAUAAAAGUCAAAUAGAAAAUCUUGAGAAAAGAUAUUAUGAUAAAGGUGAAAUAAAAAAUUUUGAAAACAUUGAAUGCGAAUGGCCGCUUUUUUAUAUAUUCAUGAUAAUAGAUGGAGUCUUCAAAUCACUUCCCGAUCAGAUUCAAGAAUAUCAAGAUUUGUUAAAAGAAAGGAUCAUGCUCGAUCACCACGGGGAUCCUGUGAUUCCCAUGUACUAUUACGUUACUGUAGACAACAUUGAUUCAGAACGAAGGGUUCCAAAUUCAACAGUGAAGAAAGCACAAACUGACGGUGGUUUGUAUUUAUGGAAUCAGUCGAUGUUCAUUUUGGCUCAACUUUUAACAGGUGGUCUUUUGCACAUCAACGAACUGGAUCCUAUUAGAAGGUAUCUACCUUCGUAUAAUCGACCGAAAAAGGGAGGACGAUACUCUGCUUUUCAGGCAAAAAAAAGUUUUGGCACUGCAACCGAUUUGGUUGUACAAAUAGUAUUAAUAGCUGAAUCUAUGAGACUUCAAGCUAUGAUGGCUACUUACGGUAUCCAAACCCAAACUCCACACGAAGUAGAACCCGUACAGAUAUGGUCUUCCACUCAAUUGGUAAAAGUUUAUGAAAAUCUUGGAGUUAAUCAUAAGUUAGGAUUGAAAGGGCGACCUUUGAGACCAGUAGGAAGUUUGGGUACCAGUAAAGUGUAUAGAAUAGCAGGGGCUACCGUCUUGUGCUAUCCUCUAAUAUUUGAAGUUUCAGACUUCUAUCUUUACAGAGACAUGGCAUUACUGAUAGACGACAUUAAGACUGAAUUACAAUUCGUUGGAAAAUAUUGGAGGUUAUCCGGUAGACCAACUGUAUGUUUGCUAAUAAGAGAAGAACAUAUGAGAGAUCCACAGUUUAAAGAAAUGUUAGAUUUAUUAGCUAUGCUGAAAAAAGGCUAUUGUGAUAGCGUUAAAGUUAGAAUAGGAAGAUUGCAGAAUCUCAUUUCGAGUUCUUGUGUUGAACAUUUGGAUUUUAUGAAUAAUUUGGAAACUCACGAAGAUAAUUUCCGCAAUUUCAAACAAUUAGAACACGAUUAUAUAGGUUAUCAAAGUUUAACAGAUGUUCCGAAGGCUCUAAAUUUUCAAGACGAUACAAAAGAUUAUACGAAUUAUUCAAGCCAUCGAACUGAAGAAAUAAUCGAUCUUCUACGAAACGUCGAUAGUACUUACGCCAAAUGUCAACUAUAUGGUAUCUUACUAAAACGGGAAGGUCGCCACUUUAAAGUUUUCGAUAAUACUGUGGAAGAACAACUUCAAAGAUUGUACCAUCAAGCUGGAUGUUUGAGACAUUGGGCGGCUGUUAGAUAUACAAGCAGUUUAUUAAAUCACAACGUCGAUUCAAUCAGUCCGUUCAUUACCGCAGUUUUGGUACACGGAAAACAGCUAACAGUAGGAGUUAUUGGUCAGAAAGAAACCGUUUUUGAUAAACCAAUGACUCCAGCUGAAAUACAAUCCGUAGUAUAUAAUACCAUCCAACCUUACGAUGUUAUCCAAGCGGUGUUACAACAAGAAAUAAUCCUUUACUGCGGUCGAUUAAUAUCGACCAAUCCCGAAUUAUUUAAAGGUAUUCUUAAAAUAAGAAUAGGAUGGGUUUUGGAAGCCAUUAAAUAUUACCAGAACAUCUUCGGAUAUAAGAAGAAAAUUGAAGAUCAUAGUCCUUAUGAAGUGAGGCAGCUACUGUAUAAAGUGUUGUCUAUUAAAGAAUAUGGAAAGGAAAAUCUUACUUCACGUCAAAAGCGUCAAUUAGAAGGAUGUUUGUGCAGAGUACCUUCUUCGUUUUAUAAUCAAGUGUGGGAUGUUAUGACAAGAACUCCGGCCGGAGUUAAAGUUGCUGGAAACCUUAUUCCACAACAACCAACUUUAUCGAACAUGACAAGAUCUGAAUUAACUUUUUCUUUACUUGUUGAAGAGAUGCUAAAUCAUGUACAGCAUUCUGAUUAUAGGCAAUUGAUAGUUGAACUUUUAACCAUUGUUUCAACUAUAUUAGGAAGAAAUCCCGAAUUGACAUUUUCCCAACCGUUAGAUUUAGAACAACUUAUCAAAGAUGCAGCUCACAUGUACGCAAAGGAUCAUGGACAAAAUCAUGAGUGUAUAUCCGACUUACUGGAAAUUGAAUAUGUGAGAUCCACGGGGUAUUUAGCUAGAGCAGUAGUAAAUACAGUCCUUAAAGGUGGACAAAUUUCUGAACAUUCAAAUUUGGAAAAUGGUCCAGAAACUUGCAGAUUAUCUUAAAAAAAAUAGUAUACAUAAGUAGAAAUAAAAAUUAUAAAAUUCUAUUAAAAAAUUUGAGUGCUUAUUGAUAUCGUUUUAUAUAUUUUGUGCCAUAUAUUUAAUUUGAAGUUUAA